UUCACCAAGCAAAGGAAAGGGAGGAGAUGUACAAAGAUGAUAACUUUUUUUAAUGGGCAGGUUUUCAGAAUCCCUAUCCAAGUCACGUGGACGGUCGGGAUUUUCAUUACAGAAAUUAUUGUAGAUGCCUGUGCCAUCACUACUCUGCCAGGGAGCCGGGGCCAUUUUUUUUUGACCAAAAAAGGAGGAGGUUCUAGAGACUAUAAUAAAAGCCGCAGUCUUGUAGUUGUUGAUAGUUGAUUGAUAUCAGAGUGCAAGUAACAGAGAGACUUCGAAAUGGCGUUGGAGAAGGGGAGAAUUUGUGUAACGGGUUCUUCAGGUUUCCUUGGUUCGUGGGUCGUCAAGCUUCUUCUGUCUAAGGACUUCAAAGUUCAUGGAACUGUUAGAGACCCAUUGGUGGAUGAGAGUUAUGAUCAUUUGGAGAAGUUUGACAAGGCAUCGGAGAACCUGAAACUCUUCAAGGCUGAUCUACUAGAUUACAACUCGCUUUACUCUGCAAUUGAAGGAUGCGAAGGAGUCAUCCAUAUUGCUACCAAUGUUCCUUCCUCCACUACAGCAAACCCUGAGGUAGAAGUUCGUGCGCCUGCUGUGAAGGGCACGCUGAAUGUACUGAAAGCGUGCUUUGAAGCCAAGGUCAAGCGCGCUGUUGUUGUGUCCUCAGAUGCUGCUGUGUCACAGAAUCCUAGAUGGCCGAAGGAUAAACCGAAGGACGAGACUUGUUGGUCUGAUAUAGAGUAUUGCAGAACCAACAAUAACUGGUAUUUUCUCUCAAAAACAGAAGCUGAACGGGAAGCUCUGGAGUAUGGAAAAAAAACUGGGCUUGAUGUUGUUACAGUUUGUCCUACCCUCAUUUUAGGGCCACUUUUUCAGCCCAGAGUGAAUGCAAGUAGCAGGAUGCUGCUCAAGCUUCUGAAAGAAGGUUUUGAGACAACACCGAAUAAGCUCUGGAAUAUUGUAGACGCAAGAGAUUUGGCUGAAGCACUACUACUGCUAUAUGAGAAACCUGAGGCUGAAGGCCGAUACAUAUGCGGAGCACAUGCCAUCAUGAAACGGGAUCUGGUUGAGAAACUGAAGAGUAUUUAUCCGAACUACAACUACCCAAAAAGUUACACUAGCACCGAUGAGGAUGAUCAAGAGCUGCCGCCAACUUCCGCGAAGUUGCAGAGGUUGGGCUGGACUUUCCGGCCAUUGGAGGAAACCCUCAUUGGUUCUGUGGAAAGCUACCAAAAAGUUGGAAUCUUGGACUAAAAAAGUUGACAUCUUUUAUGUUUUCCUUGGAUUCUCGUCGUGUUAAAAUAUGGGCCAAACAGGAGACCUGUAUUCAGUCAUGUCGUCGUUCUCGCCUCUUGGUAUUGCUAUGAUUUUGGCGGAGGUCAUUUUAGCCUAGAAUGUGGUUGGUCUUGCUCUUUCAAUCGUUUGUAUGAACUUCGUGUCUUGUGGUGUACGUAAAUUGCAGGAAUUGGUUGAUUCUGCUACUUGGUACAUUCUUCUUUUAUUGGUUUAGUGCUUCUGUUUCUCUGA